AAAUUUUUGCAAUAAUGCAUUUUUUGGAAGUUUUGAUAAUAUUUGUUCUAUCAGUUCUAAAUGUACAUCUAACAAAAGCGAUUAUGACUGAUUUUUACUUAUGGGAUUAUGUGAAGUUUGAAGAUAGUUAUUAUAGAUUUCAUAGGCAGGCGAGACUGUGGCAAGAUGCACGACAAGUAUGUGAAGACGCAGAAUCUCAUUUAGCAAUAAUCAAUUCAAAAGAAGAAGAAUCUUUUAUUAAGAGUUUAUAUAAAAGAUCUUCUGGCGCAGAAGUAGAAAAUUAUACUUUUGUUGGAUAUCAUAAUUAUUUCAGGAGGGAAGAAUGGGUUACAAUUGAUGGAAAAUCAAUGAGGAAAAUGGAAUAUGACCCUUGGGCACCAAACCAGCCUUUUUAUUCAGAUGACACAGAAUUUGAAAAACGUUGUGGUGCAUUAUCUUUUAAGGGUUUAUAUAACUUUCCGUGUUUCUAUCGGCUACCUUUUGUAUGCGAAAACGAAGUCAGCACAUACAAAGACGGAAUACAAUUCAAGAGUUCAAAAAAAGAGAUAGAAACGGCGAAGACAUAUAAAACACGUGCGGAUCACAAGCAUUAAUGAAUACAAUAAUAGAAAUUUUUUUCACUAC